AUGCCCAAAAUCGAUGCUAUAAUUGUCGAGGAUAUCACUUAUACAACUAAUUAUAACUUUCACCAACUUUUCCAUGAUCUUCUGAUUAUUCAAAAAUACCUACUUUCAUAUCAAAGCACAUCUAUCCUAUAUUCCACGGUUGAAACGAAAUUGUCUAAUUCUAUUUUUCCUUUUUAUUUGCAGAUCGAAUUGGAGAAUCUCAAUAGUGCAACAGAUGAGAUUAAUAAACUCGAAAUUGAAUUAGAGGAAGCAAAUUCAACCUUCCGCAUAUUGUUAAAUGAAUCUACAAGACGCCUGAAAUUAUCAUCAAAAAAAUUAGGUAGCUGUAUUGAGAAGGCUCGUCCCUACUAUGAAGCGUUGGAGAAAGCACGAGAAGCGCAAAUUGAGUGCCAGAAGGCAGCUGUGAAAUUUCAACGCGCCAAUGAAAUUCACACCGCUGCCAAGGAGACUGUAGCCUUAGCUGAAGAACGCUUCAUGUCCAAUUCACAUGAGUGGCAAUUCGACAAUGCUUGGCAGGAAAUGUUGAAUCAUGCCACACAAAAGGUGAUGGACGCGGAAAAACAAAAGGCCGAAUGCCAUGCGGAACACCAACGUCGCACUAAAAUCUUCAAUACAGCUGAGCAAAAGGUCCAGCAGUUGGAGGAGCGCUUUCGUCGUAGCAUUACAAAAUCGCGCCCUUACUUUGAGGAGAAGCAAAUCUGCCAAGACCAGCUGCAAACUCAAAAGAACCGCAUUCAAGAAUUGCAACAGCAAGUACAAUCGGCAAAGAACACCUAUUCUACAGCGCUACGCAACCUGGAACGCAUCAGCGACGAUAUUCAUCGCCAACGUGGCGAUUUUCCGCAAAUGGGCGCACCACCACCAGGGCCGCGUGAACCUGGUGUCGGCGCCGAACUGAAUUCGCCUACAACGACCACUCUACCGCCGUUACCCGACUUCCAACUAGAGUUGGAGAAGUGUGAUUACCCUUCGAUUGCGGGCAGUCAGAUCUCGCUGAGUGGCAAUUCGCAUCGUUCCAGCGAUUUAGCUAGCGUCAGCACACAACCUGCCUCCAUCGGUCACAGCGCUGGCGACGAAUCCGAAACCGAAGAAUGUGAAGCCGACUAUGCGGAUAGCGGCGAAUUGCGUGGAGUUGUUGAUGAACGUGAUCUUGAAGAGCUACGUCAGAAAGUUAAAAUACUGGCAGUGCGUCCCAUCGAGGGCGGCGAUGGUGAGCAACAGCGCAAUGAUAUGUGGGAGCAUGAGUUGACCGCCACUGUUGACAAGCUGGAUCAAUUAAUGCUAAUGAAUGAAUGCGCGCUAAAGCAACAGAAACAAUUAAAAGUAAAACAUCAGCUACAACAACAACAGCAGCAGCAAGAUCGCCCUGUGAUUGGCGCUGGUGUACGCCCCGUUUCGUUGGGCGCCGAAGCACCAGCACAAAUGUAUGACAUUGUACACGCUAAGCCGGUAGCGGUUGUUGAGGAAAUCGACGAAGACGACGUUGACGUCAUUAUGGUGGCGGGCAAGGCUGGACCGCUCGUACAAAUCACACACGCCAAACAGUCGCUCCAGCAGCUGAAAGGCGAUGCCGGUGUAGUCAGUUAUCCAGCCACACCCGAACAUGCUGUGCAACCCGUAAAAAAGUUGCAACAGAAAUUGGGGCCCUUGCCAACAGUGAAUGUUUCGAUGCGCGAAUUGCCGCUGCUAGCGCGACUCUCCAACGAAAUCCUAGAUCGUGCAGCAAUCUAUAAUAAAGGCCGUCAGCUGCGACGACGUUCGUUAGACUAAAAGGGGGUGUGUGUUUGUGCCAGUUGCAGUGGCCACCUGAAGUGGGUUAAUUUAAGGGAGCAUUAAUUAGCGUUAAGCGGGGAGAGUACUAUUUAUAUGUGAAUAUGAACUACUGAAGGGGUGGAAAAAAAGAGGGUUAAAAUACUUUACAACUAGGUA